AUGGCAUCUUCGGGGCACCAGCAGCAGCUUGCCAGGGACCUCGACUUCCUCAACGAUGCAGCGCACUUGUUGCGGGACACUGCGCCCGACGCGUCGGCGCACCUGAUGAGGCAUCGAGCGGACCUCAUGUUGCACAACAACCUGGAUCAGCAUGAGCUGCAGCGACAGCACGUCUGCUCUGCCUGCGGACACAUCAUGGUGCCCGGGCUCGCGGAGACGACGCUGAGGCUGCAGCGGCCCAAUGCCCAUCGCCAGGAGAAGAAGAAGCGGUCGACUGGCGAGGCGCGGUCACGAGCAAAAGAGCCUGCGGCCGUACAGGGACCAUCCAAGGAAUUGACCUGCGGUCGCUGCCAUCGCAUCACGAGGGUCAGUCUAGGGCAACGGCCAGCCGCCGUGCGUGGGCGAGUCGCAAAACCGUCUGCGGCGAAACAGACUGAGAAGCCCCCGGUUACGGCAGCAUCGUUCAAGGCGUCCGCCAAUGCCAGCAGCAAGAAGCGAGCCAAGAACCGAAAAGGUGGUCUGCAGGCUCUUCUCGCCAGCCAGCAGAAACCGACGCCGUCUUUGUCGUUGGCCGACUUUAUGAAGAAGUGA